AUGGCUCUAAAUGUUUUUGAUCAUGAUGACUACAGGCCAGUGUGGAAGUCCUAUUUGUACCAGCUCCAGCAGGAGGCGCCACAUCCCCGCAGAGUCACAUGCACCUGUGAGGUAGACAACCGUCCCAAGUAUUACGGAAGAGAGUACCACGGAAUGAUCUCAAGAGAAGAGACUGAUCAGUUACUGAGCCAAGCAGAAGGCAGCUACCUCAUCAGGGAGAGUCAGAGGCAACCCGGCACAUACACAUUGGCUUUGAGGUUUGGGAACCAGACCAGAAACUUUCGUCUCUACCAUGACGGGAAGCACUUUGUCGGAGAGAAGAGAUUUGAGUCCAUCCAUGACUUGGUCACGGAUGGACUCAUCACGCUAUAUAUUGAGACAAAGGCCGCAGAGUACAUUGCCAAGAUGACCAUCAAUCCCAUCUACGAGCACGUUGGCUACACCACCUUGAACCAGGAGCCCACCUUGAAGAAACAUCGGCCCCUCAGCCCGGACAUGCCAGACGGACCUCUGCCUGUUAAAGAUGCCCACAACGCUGAAGAGAGGCUGACAUCGCUGGUGCGCCGGGCCACGCUGAGGGAGAGUGACAUGAUGCCAAAGUAUGAGAAAGUCCAUAAUUUCAAGGUUCACACGUUCAGGGGGCCACAUUGGUGCGAAUACUGUGCAAACUUUAUGUGGGGUCUCAUCGCUCAGGGAGUCAAAUGUGCAGAUUGUGGGUUGAACGUUCAUAAACAGUGCUCAAAGGUGGUCCCCAACGACUGCCAACCCGAUUUGCGGCACGUCAAGAAAGUCUACAGCUGCGACCUCACGACGCUGGUCAAAGCACACAAUACCAAAAGGCCCAUGGUGGUGGACAUGUGCAUACAGGAAUUAGAGGCGAGAGGUCUUCAGUCGGAGGGUUUGUACAGAAUAUCAGGAUUCAGUGAGCUGAUUGAAGACGUUAAGUUGGCGUUUGACAGAGGUUAUUACACUGAGAAAGCCGCAGUAAACUGGUUUGGGAACCAGACCAGAAACUUUCGUCUCUACCAUGACGGGAAGCACUUUGUCGGAGAGAAGAGAUUUGAGUCCAUCCAUGACUUGGUCACGGAUGGACUCAUCACGCUAUAUAUUGAGACAAAGGCCGCAGAGUACAUUGCCAAGAUGACCAUCAAUCCCAUCUACGAGCACGUUGGCUACACCACCUUGAACCAGGAGCCCACCUUGAAGAAACAUCGGCCCCUCAGCCCGGACAUGCCAGACGGACCUCUGCCUGUUAAAGAUGCCCACAACGCUGAAGAGAGGCUGACAUCGCUGGUGCGCCGGGCCACGCUGAGGGAGAGUGACAUGAUGCCAAAGUAUGAGAAAGUCCAUAAUUUCAAGGUUCACACGUUCAGGGGGCCACAUUGGUGCGAAUACUGUGCAAACUUUAUGUGGGGUCUCAUCGCUCAGGGAGUCAAAUGUGCAGAUUGUGGGUUGAACGUUCAUAAACAGUGCUCAAAGGUGGUCCCCAACGACUGCCAACCUGAUUUGCGGCACGUCAAGAAAGUCUACAGCUGCGACCUCACGACGCUGGUCAAAGCACACAAUACCAAAAGGCCCAUGGUGGUGGACAUGUGCAUACAGGAAUUAGAGGCGAGAGGUCUUCAGUCGGAGGGUUUGUACAGAAUAUCAGGAUUCAGUGAGCUGAUUGAAGACGUUAAGUUGGCGUUUGACAGAGAUGGAGAGAAGGUGGAUAUUUCCUCCAAUGUUUAUGAGGACAUCAACAUCAUCACCGGAGCUCUCAAACUGUACUUCCGAGAACUCCCCAUCCCCCUCAUCACCUACGACGCAUAUCCACGCUUCAUAGAAACCGCAAAAAUUACAGACCCGGAAAAACGUCUGGAGUCGCUUCAUGAAGCUCUGAAGCUACUGCCGCCGGCUCAUUGUGAGACGCUGCGAUAUCUCAUGGCUCACCUUAAGAGGGUCACCAGUUACGAGAAGGACAACCUGAUGACCAGUGAGAACCUGGGCAUCGUGUUCGGCCCCACUCUGAUGCGGGCCGCGGACCUGGACGCCAUGACGGCUCUCAACGACAUCCGGUAUCAGAGACUGGUGGUGGAGACGCUCAUUAUGAACGAGGACGUGCUCUUCUGA